AUGGGUUUGAAAAGUGGGUCUUCAAAAUCCACUUCAUCCAAGACUGAGAAAUCCCUAUCUCAAUCGAGGAAGAAGGCGAGAACACCAGCAAGGAAGUAUUACAAAUCAAAAUCUCAUGGUGUUAGUUCCUCGCAUGUGCUUCUUGAAGAUGUCACCUCUGAUGAAGAAGAAGAACCCUUUCAUGAUGCUCCUGCAAACAUCAAUGAGGAAGAAACCCUCAUGGGUUCCGAUCGUGAUGUUGUGCCCGAUGCUGAGGCAUCUGCCCCUCAGGACACCAAUGUUUCUCAAGAAAACCCAAUUCCAGAAAAUCCUGAUGUUGAGGAUGUGAUUGCUGAAGAGACCGUCUCCACUGAAACUCCUUCAUCCUCCAAGAAGGGUGAUAAAGGGUCUGUAUCCUCUAAGGAAACCCAUUCUGAUGAACCAAUCCAGGUCCUUGUUCAGAACAACUCUGAUGGCGAUGAUUCUGAUGAUGAUGAUGUUCCUUUAUUUGAGACACUUCCAGAAAGUGUUGGUGCACGUUUGAAAAGAAAAAGAAGGACUACUGCAAGUGAAGCCCCUUCUGUUCCUCAGAAGAAGACCAAGCCUUCUCCUACUACCCCUAAGUCUAAGAAGAAGGAUCUGAAAGGGAAAGGCAAAGCAACAGCUGAGAAAAGCAUGAGUGAGAAGAAGAAGAAGGCCCCUGUUAUUGUUUCUGAGUCUGACUCAGAUGUUGAAGCAGAUGUCCCAGACAUCGUGCUUGCUGAAAUGAAGAAAUUUGCUGGAAGGCGCAUCCCCAAGAAUGUUCCUGCUGCCCCUCUUGAUAAUGUCUCCUUCCAUUCUGAAGAAAAUGCUCUCAAGUGGAAGUAUGUUUAUCAAAGGAGACUUGCCACUGAAAGGGAGGUUGGAUCUGAUGUUCUUGAGUGCAAGGAGGUUAUGGCACUCAUUGAGAAGGCUGGCCUGAUUAAAACAGUUCUACAAGUUGGUAGAUGUUUUGAGAGGCUUGUGAAGGAAUUUGUGGUAAAUUUGUCUGUGGAAGUGGGACUUCCUGAGAGUGAUGAAUACAGGAAGGUGUAUGUUAGGGAAAAAUGUGUGAAGUUUUCCCCUGAUGUGAUCAACAAAGCACUUGGAAGAAGUGCUACUGCAGUUACUGAUGAAGAACCAUCAUUGGAUGUGGUUGCCAAGGAACUCACUGCAGGGCAAGUACAGAAAUGGCCUAAGAAGAAGCUGUUGUCCACUUGCAAUCUUAGUGUGAAAUAUGCAAUCCUUAACAGGAUUGGUGCUGUGAAUUGGGUUCCUACCCAACAUACCUCUGCUAUCUCUGCCACUCUUGCCAGGUUAAUUUACAAGAUUGGUACUAUGGUUCCUGUUGAUUUUGGUAAUUUUGUUUUUGAACAGACCUUGAAGCAUGCAGAGACAUGUGCUGUGAAGUUGCCUAUCUAUUUUCCAUCUCUGAUCACAGAGAUCAUUCUGCAACAACACCCCAAGAUAGUCAGGGAUGAUGAGGAGGCUAUGCCCAAAGGUUCUCCUAUCACCUUGGACCAUCGUUUCUUUUAUGGGCCUCAUGUCCCAGACAUUGAUGUGCCAUCCAACAAGACAUUUGCAUCUGUUCCAGUGAGUAAGUCCGGAAGGAGGGCCAUUAUUGAUGAAUUGCAGGCUGUUUCUAAGGCUCUUCAGGAGACUAUCACUGCAAGCACUGCAAGGAAGGUCAAGGUGGAUGAGUUGUUGCUCAAGCUUCAAGAGGAAGAGGACCAAUAG